AUGAAUGGUUACCCGCUCCCAAUGAUACCGCCUCCAGGUCCCGUAUGGACGGCUGCGACAAAUACAGACGGUAGAGAAUACUACUACAACACCAUCACCAAAGUUACUACGUGGGAAAAGCCCGAUGAGCUCAAGGACGACGUAGAGCGCGCACUCCCCGGCUCCGGCUGGACAGCUCAUGUGGCAGAUGGCAAACGGUACUUUGCACGCAUUGGCACAAAUGAAACGACGUGGACUAUACCCGAGGCUGUCCAACAGAAAAUCGACCAGGCUAGGCAGAACCAGAUGCCCCCGCGACCCCCUCCUGCAGGACCGUCUGGAUGGGCAGCAGGGCCGCCUUCGAGUGUUACUCCCUACGAAAACAGGCGCCCCGAGCGCGACGAGUACCGCCCCGACCGACACGACCGCCGGGAUGACCGUGAGCGCGAUCGUGAAGCUGGCUUUGGUGGCGAUCGACCCAACAUCAGCUUUACAGUGGGUACUGAGCUUCAAUUCUCUAGCCCGCAGGAGGCAGAGGCGGCCUUUAUGAAAGUGCUUAAACAGAUGAAAGUACAGCCUGACUGGACCUGGCAGCAAGCUGUGCGCGCCGGUAUUCAUGAUCCCAACUGGCGCGCCAUCCCCGAACCAGAGAAGCGCGAGGAGGCUUUCAGGAAGUACUGUGACGAUCUACGCGCUCAAGAGAAGCAGAAAGAGCUGGAACGCCAGGCCAAAUUGCGCUCUGACUUUACCGCCAUGUUGCGCUCGCACCCCGAGAUCAAGUACUACACGCGCUGGAAGACAGCGUUGCCGAUCAUCGACCAAGAAACCAUCUUCCGAUCUGCCAAAGACGACACCGAACGAAGGGCUCUAUUUGAGGAGUACAUCAUUUCAUGCAAGAAGGCACACGAAGAGGAAGAGGCACAGAGCAGGCGAUCCGCUCUCGAACAAGUAAUGGGUCUGCUCCAGGGUCUAAAUCUGGAGCCUUUUACUCGCUGGCAGGCGGCCGAGGAAAAGUUGGAGCGCAACGACGAGUUCAAGAGCGAGAAAUUCCAAACCUUGACUCGCAUCGAUGUUCUGAACCAGUUCGAGACGCACAUCAGGCAUCUUCAGCGCGAACACAACGAUCGUGUUCAGGCCGACCGACGUAUCAAACGUCGCAUAGAACGCAAGAAUCGCGACGGAUUCCUAGAACUGUUGGAGCAGUUGACCAAGGACGGUGUACUGCGUGCUGGUACCAAGUGGAAGGACAUCCAUACGGUGAUUCAAGAUGAUCCUCGCUACACGGCCAUGCUCGGACAAGAGGGAUCCUCGCCGCUCGAUCUGUUCAGGGAUGCUUUGGAGGUAGAAGAGGGCAAGUUCCGUUCUCUGCGCCGAAGAGCGCUGGACGUGCUCGAGCACGAACGCUUCGAAGUUACAACGUCUACCCCCGUGGAAGAUUUCCUAAGUGUCAUGCGAAAAGACGUUCGCACCGCUGAUAUUGACGAACAGUCCAUGCACAGCAUCUACAACUACGUGCUCUCGAAGGUGAAGAAACGCGAGGAAGAUGAACGUCGAGACGUCGAAUCCAACGAGCGCUACGCUGUAGACAAGCUCCGCUCUGUGAUCAAGCAUCUUGAUCCACCAGUGUCGCUUUCAGACACCUGGGAAGUGGUACGUCCCCGCGUUGAAAAAACAGACGAGUACCGCGCACUGAAGUCAGAUACCCUUCGCGAGUCGGCCUUCGACAAGUUUAUAUCCCGCAUGAAGGAAAAGGAGAGUGAUCGUCGGGACCGUAGCAGACGCGAUGAUCGCGAUCGUGAUAGGGACAGGCGCGACCGAGACCGUGAGUAUCGCAACGGUCAUUCAGACUCCCACCGACGUCAUCGUACGCGUACUCGCUCACCUGAACAUGACCCAUACGCCGCGGAGCGCCGCAGAGCAGUGCAAGACAGGGAGGCACGCUACAGAAAUAGUGACGGCACAGGUUUGUCUCCGAUUCCCCGCCGCGAGCGUCGAGAUGACGAUCGCUACGAGCGCUCUCGCCGCAGUCCUGGUGGUGAUCACUAUGGACGCGAGCGCCGUGAGCGCGAAGCGGAGCGUGAGCGAUCUUACGUCAGUAGAGCCGAUCCUCGCGAAGCAACCGUCAGUCUGCUAGACUACGGCGACAGUGGUGGUCGCACUUCGUCUGCCCGCCGCCGUCGGGAGAGCGAUGAGAGUUCUACUAGGCGCGAUCGCGACACCAAGCGUGCUCGCUACUCCCCUCGCGUCGAGGGAAAGUCCAAAACUCCCGUUCCCGAGCCGACUGUGAAGAAGGAAGAGGAAGACCGCGCCCUCCGUAGUGGGAGCGAGGAAGGUGAAAUUGAGGAAGAUUAG